AAAAUAUCUUCAUUUUCGCUGACUCUAAACCAUGUCAGAAACAAAAGUUAUAUUGCACUGGCUCAAUCACUCCAGAGCUAACCGAGUACUCUGGCUCUUGGAAUUGUUGGAUGUCAACUACGAAGUCAAGGUCUACAAGAGAAACUCCAAGUUCAGAGCACCUAAAGAACUUGAGGCCAUUCAUCCCUUAGGAAAAUCCCCCGUGAUCGAGGUGAUUAAGCCCGGAAAGCAACCCGAAGUCAUUGCCGAGACCGGGUGUAUCAUUGAAUACUUGAUCAACAACUUUGACCAUUCGGAAAAGCUUGUUCCUUCCACCGACAAGGGAAAGGCGGAAGUCAACUACUAUUUACAUUACACGGAGGGGACGUUGCAGGCGGUUUUGACGUCGUUUAUGGUGCUCUACAGUGCCCGUAAUUUUGCUCCUUUUGGAAUCGGAGCCUUGGUAGGAGCUGUGACUUCACAGGUCAAUAAGGCGUACUUUGGCACAGAGGUAAUCAAGAACCUCAAUUACUUGGAGAACAUCGCCAAGGGGCACGACGGAGGCUACUUUGUAGAUGGAAAGUUGACGGGGGCUGAUGUCAUUUUGAGUUUCCCGAUUGCCGAGUUGGUGAUGGGAAAUCAGCGAGAUGGGCUUUUUGAAAAGAGUCCUCAGGAGCUUUUUCCCUACUUGAAUAAGUGGUCGAAGCUUGUGCUUGCAGACCCAGCUUAUAAGCGGGCCAUCGAAACCAUUGAUGAAAAGUCCAAAUUGUAGAUUCAAUCUGCUGGACUUUGUGCAUCAGGAAUGCACCCCUAGUUUACAUAGCUAUGCAUGUAUGGUUAGCCUGAUGGCAUGAGAACAUAUAAUUCGUAUAUGCAGAUGCUUGCAUAUGCUUAGCUUGGCCUGAAUCCAAAACACAAACAAGAAUAGUCGUACCCCAGUUUUUAGCUAAACGGCAGAGGGACCUACGCCAAAAAGCGAGGUGUUGCCUAAUUAGGAAAUGUUAUUAAACUUCAAGUCUCCACAUUUGGUCAAUACCAGCAACACCCAUCGAUGAGGGGCUAUAUAUAUCUGAGCUGAUCUCCUUUGGAUUUUCCCACUAUUGUAGACUUCAGAUCCUCUACUCAUAAACAUGGCAGACCACGGAGAUAAGUUUUUGGUCCAUUGGCUUGAUCAGUCCCGAGCUCACAGAAUCGUAUUUAUGCUUGAACUCUUAGGUUUAGACUACGAUGUGGAAGUAUAUUUAAGACAUCACGACACCUGGAGAGGCCCAUCCGAGCUCUUCCAAGUUCAUCCCUCGGGUAAAGCACCCAUCCUAGAGGUGUUUUUUGCUGAUGGAAGACCUUCAUUGAAGUUGGCAGAAUCAGGGCUAAUCAUGCAAUACUUACUCAAAAAUUAUGAUCCACACAAUAUCUUGAAUCCCACUACAGAAGUUGAUAAACUCCGGGUCGACUACUAUCUCCACUACUCAGAAGGAACCUUCCAACACAUUUUGCUCACGAUGUUGAUAAACAGUGUGGCUAAGUCCAUUGCUCCAAUUGGCUUCAAGAGCUUGGCCAAAAUGGUCACCAAGGGUUUAAACAACGGUUACUAUAUUCACGAAUGGAAAUUGAAUAUGGAGUUUUUGGAACGGCAGUUGGAUAACGAACAUACCGGAUACUUUGUGGGGAAUAAGUUAACUGCUGCAGAUGUGAUGUUGACAUUUCCUGUUUACGAAAACAUCUUUGAUAAUGAGAAUGGGAUUCGUGAAGUGACAGGCGAAAAGAUCGAUUUGUUUAAGACUUACCCACAUUUGGCGGCCUGGAGUGAUAGAAUUGCAAAACACCCUAUCUAUAUCAAGGUCACCGAUAUGAUGGACGACAAGGUGAAUGAGUUUAUUUCUCAACUGCAACAGGUUGGAAAAAAGAGACAUUAGUUGAGAGUAGAUGUGGUUAAUGAUAUAAUGUAUUUUAAUUGUGAGCGUGGACUGAGCAGUUGAGCAGGACUUUUGAUAUGUAUUGUACAGUGAGGGUUACAACCUCUAAGUAUCUCCUUAAUAUACCUUCUCCAUACCCUCCAUACUAUAGUCGAUCCAGCUGCCCAUACAGUUCUGGUCAUUAAGAUGUUUCCACCUGCUGAACGUUCCUAUUUUGCAGUUCUUGGUGCUGUCAGAGUUAGGACAAUUAAGGUACGGAUCAUGAAAAUACCCUAUGUCUCUAAACCAAUGAAUUUUGGACUUAUCUGCAAACAAAGCUAACCCCAUAGAGUGGACCGGGGCAUCUCCCCAUCGUUCAUAGUAAAACCCACCCGACUGGUCUAGGUGUUGGAACCACUUAUUGUACGCUUCACCUCUGAAAAAGUCCAUAUCACCAAUCUCAAAGUUGGACCAGAAAUGGCAUGUAGAGUAACCUCCUGUAUUUGCGUUUUUCUUGGGGUUCUGUUGGUUUUCAAGAAGCCAUUGGAAAGCUCCGUUCUCAUUCACGUACUUGAAGUUGUCAUCUUCAUUCAAGUACUUGAGGGUCUCCGGCCAUAACGUUGUCAAUGUUUCGUCAAUAUCGUACAAGUUAACGGUGAACCCGUAUACCUUUCCAGUUCCUUGGAGAUACUUAAAGAUAUCAUAACGGAUAUCGCUGUAAAACUUGACGUCAGGCUCAAUUCUCCAGUAGUACUUAUACUUCUGCAACUCAGGAACAUUAUAGAAAUUCCCCAGGUAAAACCGACACAUAUUGUGAUACGAGGGCUUCAUUGCGUACGCCACAUUGUGUCGUGCCAAUGCAAGCAUCAUCAGUUUUUCUUUUUCUGAAUCUAUAAAUGAUGGUUUGUCCCAUAAUUGACGAGGAAUCUCCACAAACUCCAUCGGAGCAUCGGAAAACUUCCUCAUCUUUGCCUUGAAUUUAUCAGAAAAUGGAGCAUCAUUUAUGAAUGUGUAUGGAUACUUGAACUUGCCAUUGAAGCUCUUUUCAAAUUUUUGGAUAGACCUUCCAAUCCCCAGAACUUCACUAUUUCUAACCAAAGCAAUUAUGGUGGCAUUGGCCCUUUGAUAGCUGUUGAUUUUUUCGGGAUCAGGAGGCCUUAUGGUCUCUAUAUCCAUGUCUUUGGGCUCUGUGAUCUUGUUUUUGAACAUCUCUUGGUACACAUAAUCGUUAUCCUGCAAAAUCUUUUCUGGAGAACCGGACUUCGCUUUGGGGUUGAUAAACUUAAACUGGACAUUUCCUGGCUCCAACACAUACCCGGACCCUUCUAGUCCAGGUGUGGAUAUUUUUGCAGGUUUGUAACCUUCCUUGUUGAAAUAACCCAGUAUUUCUUUCCAGUUAGUAGUGUUGCUAUAGUCGAUUUUGGAGAGGUUCCAGAAAUACUCCAUAAGCACGAUCGCUACCACCAAAUUAAACAACACGAUUAUCACGAGGGCAAUUUUUGAUAGCUUUAGGUUCAAGGCAGAUAUCAUUAGCAUCUUACACGUGUCUUAGUAUUUUAAAUUCGUUAAACAUGCCAAAGCCAUCAAAUCCUCGCU